AUGCACUUUAGAUUGUCAAGAACACUAGCAUAUGAUUUAAUAAGACGAUUUGAAGUAUUUGAUGCAUUUACAUGUAUACAAGAUCGAGGGGAACAUUUAAAAAUUACAGCGGAAAAACAUAUAUUGUGCUUUUUGUGGUUUGUCGGACAUGAAAGUGGAUCCUAUCGGGAUGUUGCCGACCGAUUCGGAGUUGCAAUUAGUACCUUAUAUAACAUAAUCACAAGAGUCACAGAGUUUAUCAUGACUUUAGCACCUAACAUAAUAAAAUAUCCUACACAAGAGGAAAAAGAAGAAACUGCAAAUUACUUUCUUCGAGAGAAAGGAUUUCCUAAUGUCAUUGGUGCUAUAGAUGGAUCUCAUGUUAGAAUCGACAAACCAUUGGAAGAUACCGACUCUUAUAUUAACCGUAAACAAUAUUUUUCAUUACAUAUCCAAGGAAUGGUUAAUCAUAAGAUGAAAUUUUUGGAUGUCUUUAUUGGAUACCCGGGAUCUGUUCACGAUGCUCGAGUCUUUAAAAAUUCAUCACUAUAUAACGAUUUACGUGAACUAUGUGGAGAUAACUACUUUUUAUUAGGAGAUAGUGCAUACCCUUGUUUAUCAGAAGUAAUCGUUCCAUACAAAGACAACGGGCAUUUAACAUGGAAGCAAAGAAUUUUUAAUCAAAAAUUAAGUUCAUGCAGAGUUGUUAUUGAAAAUGCAUUUGGCAUUUUAAAGCAACGAUUUCGCCAACUGUACCAUUUCAAAUUAAGAGAUAUUCCACGCAUGGUACUUGUUAUACACUCAUGUUGCAUUUUACAUAAUCUAGCUAACAUGGACGAUUUGGAAUUAUUUGAAGCACCUCUAAACGAUGAGGAACCAAAUGUAGAGGCACAAAAUCAUUAUGUACAUGAUAAUGAACCCGUAAGACAACAUGAAUCAGGUAUAGACAAACGGAAUAACAUAUGUGAUGAAAUAACUUGUUAA